UUAUGCCAAGGGUAAUGGAGAAAUCCAUGGAGAAUUCCCCUUUCUUCCUUCUCCUCUUCAUCUCCUUGCUUUUCCUUAACAUCUCCUCUGAAACAGACACUAUAACAUCUACCCAAUCCAUCAAAGACGGCGACACCAUUGUCUCCUCGGACGGAACUUUCGAGCUAGGAUUCUUCACUCCCGCCAAUUCCCAGAACCGAUACGUGGGAAUCUGGUACAAACUCACUGACAGAACCCCUGUCUGGGUUGCCAAUAGACAAGCGCCGCUCAAGAACAAGUCAGGAGUGUUGACGAUCAGUCAACCCGCCGGAGUUCUUUCUCUCCUCGAUGCUUCUAACCAAACCAUAUGGUCCACCAACUCCUCCGGCCCGUCCCCGAAAAACCCGGUCGCGCAAUUGCUGGAAACAGGGAAUCUUGUCGUGAGAGAAGCGGAUGAUGAUAGCCCGGAAAAUUUCAUCUGGCAGAGCUUCGAUUACCCGAGUAAUACAUUGUUAGCCGGCAUGAAGUUCGGGAAAAACUUGGUUACCGGUCUGGAAGUGUAUCUUUCGUCGUGGAAGAGCCCCGAGGAUCCUGCGCCGGGGGAGUAUACAUAUCACUGUGACAUCACAGGGUACCCGCAGGACCUUCUGAGAAGAGGGUCGAAAGUGGUUUACAGAGCGGGGCCGUGGAAUGGUGUUCGUUGGAGCGGCGCACCCAGCAUGGUAAACAACACCAUGACCACAUACGGGGUGGUUAUAAGCAAGGACGAGAUUUACUACAAAUACGAGCUGGUGAACAAGUCGGUGAUUUCAACUCUGGUGGUGAAUCCUGACGGCGAUACACGGCGGCGGACAUGGGUGGAUAGAACCCACGGUUGGACUAACUACCACUCAACCAAAAUAGAUGAUUGCGAUUCGUAUGGAUUGUGUGGGCCUUAUGGCACCUGUAACACGGCGGCCGCUCCGGUGUGUGGGUGUUUCGACAAAUUUGUGGCCAAGCAUCGAGACGAUUGGGACAGGGCGGAUUGGUCGGCGGGUUGUGUUCGGGAGGUGGGUCUGAAUUGCAGCAGCGAUGGGUUUCUCAAGUACAGUGGUGUCAAACUGCCCGACACAAAUGUUUCCUGGUACAACCAGACCAUGUCGCUCGGUGAAUGUGAGGAUGUUUGCGCAACAAACUGUUCGUGUAUGGCUUAUACUAGUUUGGACAUUAGGAAUGGAGGAAGUGGGUGCUUGCUCUGGCUUGGAGACCUGGUUGACAUUAGACAACUUUCUGAUCAUGGACAAGAUAUCUACAUUAGAAUGGCCUACUCUGCAUUGGAUGCUGAAGAUGGAUCUUCUGGAAAAAGAAGAGAGAUUGUUACAGUGGGUUUGCCAUUAAUAAUUGCUGCAGUUCUUGUAGUCCUGGGGUUAGGCACAGUGUUCUAUUUCAGGAAAUGGAAGAAGGAUCAUCCGGAGCACAAGAAUUAUGUUAUUCCUGGCUACAAGAACAAGAAGGAUUCCAGUGUUCCGACACACACUGAUGAUCUGGAGCUACCUCAGUUUGAUCUGUUUACAAUAACUCAAGCUACAGACAAUUUUUCAUUCAACAACAAGAUAGGAGAGGGUGGCUUUGGACCUGUUUAUAAGGGGGUGUUAGAAGGGGAGCAAGAAAUAGCAGUGAAGCGGCUCUCAGAAACUUCGAAUCAAGGGCUUGUUGAGUUCAAGAACGAAGUAAUCUGCAUUGCAAAACUGCAGCAUCGGAAUCUUGUGAAGCUGUUGGGAUGCUGCAUUCAAGGACAAGAAGCAAUGCUUGUGUAUGAAUACAUGCCUAAUAAGAGUCUGGAUUCAUUCAUUUUUGAUCAAGAGCAGAGUGGAUUGCUUGAUUGGCCAAAACGCUUCAAUAUUAUCAAUGGAAUUGCUCGAGGACUCCUGUAUCUUCAUCAAGACUCUAGGCUAAGAAUCAUCCACAGAGACCUGAAAGUAAGCAACAUUUUACUUGACACUGACAUGAACCCGAAGAUAUCAGAUUUUGGAAUGGCUAGAAGUUUUGGAGGGAACGAGACAGGAGCCAACACUAAUCGUGUGGUUGGAACAUUUGGGUAUAUGCCACCAGAAUACGCAGUUGACGGGAUAUUCUCAAUAAAGUCAGAUGUAUUCAGUUUCGGUGUGCUAGUAUUAGAGAUUAUAAGCGGGAAAAAGAACAGAAAAUUCGUUCAUCCCGACCAUCAACUAAACCUCAUUGGACAUGCAUGGACGCUUUAUAAAGAUAACAGGUCAAUGGAACUGGUGGAUCCAAUACUGGUUGGUUCAUGCCACCUAGCCGAGGUGGCUCGGUCGAUCCAUGUUGGUUUGUUGUGUGUGCAACAAUCUCCAGAGGAUAGGCCGAACAUGUCUUCUGUGGUAUGGAUGUUGAGCAAUGAAGGUGUUCUGCCAGAAGCCAAGCAACCUGGAUUUUUUACGGAGAGAAAUGUGGCUAUUUCUGAGCAAUACUCUGGGAAUGUAAACACACCAAGUAGUGUAAAUGACAUGACCAUCACAUUGUUAGAUGCUAGGUAGAUCCGCAGUGAAGGAAUUCUUGUAUUCACACUUCCAUUGUUUCACUCUCCUUUAGAAUUUGAAAAAUUAAAGAAAUGGUAGAUGUUGUAUAAUCUUUCAAAAGUACCGGGCACUUUGCCUUUCCAUUGAA